CGUAAACAGUGCGCCGCUUUACGGUAGCUGUUAUGGCGCUCACAUGUCUCGUCCUUGUAGAAAUGCAGCUCUGAUGUCUAGCGCGUGUGAAUUAAAGUGCGUAGAAUUCCGACUGUAAUUUAGUUCCAAAGCUUUUACGUUUGAAACGUACAUCAUUAACGUGUUAUGUCGUAUUCUGUAAAAAGGAUUUGAGUUUGUUAGCAUUGCAGCUAACAGCAGUUCAGUUUGUUUACUUUAAACUCGACCCCAUUGUGGUGGUGACGUCAUUGACGUGUGUUUAUCACUCACGUGUUUCGUCUGAUCUCCUGCUUAACAUUUAAAUAAGUUGAUUUAAUAUCCCACAGUCCAGCAGAAGGGUUUAAUGGCUUCUCGUGUGUUAAAGAUCUCAGUCCUGGUGCAGAGAUUUCGGACUCCACUUCUUCUUGUUGGUUGUGGAAGUGUUUUCACAGUGAACAUUUUCUACCAUGUCUUUCCAGGAAACACUUACCGUAAGCUCUACCAGGCCUGGAGCAAAGGAGAGCCAUGCACUUUAUCCGAAAAGCUGGAGAUUGUGUUCCAGCAGGUUCUGAAGGACUCAGCAGUCGGUUCUUCCGAGAACUACACGGCUUUCGCAGCUUACGGUUUCCAUCCGGUCGGUGCCGGAAUCCCGUGGCUUCCCUCCGGGGCACAGAUCGGCAUCCCGUCCAACUUUAACAGCACAGUGGGUGAUCUGUCAGGAAUCACUAACCGCACCAUUCUCAUCAACGGUAAAGAAGUGGAUUGGGACAGUGAGACAGGCAGCACACUGAAAAAUGCCCUGGUGUUGUCUGAAGAUGCGCAGAAGUUUGCCGUGGCACGUGAGGUGGCGCGGUUAGAGAGUGCUGGCCCGGUGCUGCAUGCUGCAGUGGCUCCCACCUGCCUGGCUGGAGCCUGGAUUUACAGCGUGGCUCUCAAACAGAUGUUUGGACUCUUUGCCGGAUCCGUCAUCCUCAGGGCCGGAGUUAACACGCUCGCUCUGGGUCUGGGAGCCCUGUCGUACUUUUUAGCGUCUGAUGCCGUGAACCAGUGGCUGGAGUUCCACUCGGACCGGCGGGCCGCCAGUUUGUCCCACAGCUACACAAAGGGGGGAGUUGAGUUCUAUGAGAAGAUUCUGGCGAGGAAUAAGACCCUGCGUGUUCUGAUGGGGCCCAAAGGGGAGGAGAUGUACACACCAAGUGGCAAUCUGUUCCCUGCCAGCCUGCUGAGUAUGAAGCACGCACCCUACACGUCGAGGCGAGACGCAAUCCUGAAUCUACUGAAAGAGGAAAAAGUGUGAAGGACUUUUUGUUUUGCAGUAAAUGGUUCUGUUGAAUAAAAUACAAAGCUGUGUUCACAAAGACUUUCUGACGUUCUUCGAUAAACAGUCAUGUGCGUUGACGUUACGCUGUAGGUGUGUUUGUGGGGAGAGAAGGAUAUUAGGAUCAAAUAUAUGUGUAUUUGACUAUUUCCUGUUUGCUGACACAUGCCUACCGUACGUUAGUGUAAUUCUAACGCGUUGCCAUGUGGUGACAAUAUUCAUCAUCCUCGGUUAAACCAAUGGUAGGACAAAAAGUGAUUUGAUUAUAGUUGAAAUGUAUUGAUACCUGAAGAAUCAGGAACCAAUGAGAGGAGAGAACAACACGGUUCACCUUCAUGCAGUUUCUCUCCAUGUUUUGUAGGUUUUGCUCAGAAUGUUCAGAGGUACUUUUGGUUAUAACACUGUAUUUAAAAUUGCAUUUAUGAUGUGAAAUUGAUUCCUGCCUCUGCUCUGUGCCACUGGUUUCCUACCCAAAGACAUGCGCUGCAGUUUGAUGCACAUCUCUAAAUUGUCUGAAGUGUGUGAAUGUGUGUGAUGGAUAACAUACAAAGUGGACGGAUAGAAAAAUAAACAGCCUUUAUUCUGUGAA